AUCCAAGGUGUAACAGGAUGUGUCUCCGGUCUCUUCUCCCCGCUCUGGCGCUGCUGCUGUUCUCUGCCUGCUGUUGGGCAGAUGUGGAGACAGCAGACGACCUUGUGGAGGACCUUUCUGUGUCUGAACUCCUGGAGAGAGCCAACAGCAACCUGAUCCGUUCUGAAGGUGAACCCAUCUUGGUUGAAGGAGACAUCGCUAUUGGCAGCGAGGAUGAGAGGAAUGCUGAUCCCUGUACCAGCCAGGGCUGCCUGUGGGGCAAAUACACUGACGGGAUGGUCUACGUUCCUUAUUACAUUGCCAGCCACUUCAGUGACCGUGAAAAGGCCAUCAUCGUCCGUGGACUGGAGUCCUUCUCCUCCUUCUCCUGCAUCCGCUUCCGACCCAGCAGAAGCAGCGACCGGGACUGGCUCAGCAUUGAGUCCCAAAAUGGGUGCUACUCCUUUGUUGGUCGUCGUGGCGGCAAGCAGGUGGUGUCCCUGGCCAGGCAGGGGUGCCUUUAUCACGGCACCGUCCAGCAUGAGCUGCUCCAUGCUCUGGGCUUCAACCAUGAGCAGACUCGUUCUGACAGGGACAACCACAUCAGAGUCCUGCUGCAAAACGUUCAGUCUGGAAUGGAGCACAACUUCAGGAAGAUCGCCACCUUGAACCAGGGCACUCCGUAUGAUUACAACUCAGUCAUGCAGUACCACAAGUAUGCCUUCUCCAAGAACAACCAGCCCACCAUGCUGCCCAUCCCUGAUCCCAACGUCUCCUUUGGAAAUGCCAAGGAGAUGAGCAGGAUCGACAUUCAACGCCUCACCAAGCUCUAUAAGUGCUAGGAAGUCCAGCUGUGACGGCAGGAAGAGCAAGGAGACUGAAGCAGACCUGAGUCAGAGCAGCACUACUGCCACCAGAAAACCAAAACUCAGGACUUCACACUCUUUAGUGUUUGUGCUGCUCUGCAGCCUAGUUCAGAAUGAAAAUCAUUCCCGUUCAGUUUUAACGUGAAUCUUUUCAUGCAGUGGGAGUGUGUCGUUCUCCUCUUAAGGUGGAGGUGACGGGUGUGAAAUGUCACGCUUCUGAUCUUGGCUCUGAUUCCUGAUGAAUAAAACCUGCAUUACUAGCACCCCA